AUGAAGAUGCAUCCGGCGCAGAUCUUCGCCGUGGCUGUACUGCCAUUUGCGGCGUCCCAGAUCAUCUCAACUGGUUCAACUCUUCUUCUGAAUGGGAUCCCAUACUUGAUUAGCCCCCACGUCGCCGCAAACAUCUCCCUCCAAUCAGACGUUCCCGCAGAUAUCGAUGGUGUCUUGGAUUUCGUUCCGGUCGCCGUCUUGCCUACGGCGCACGAUAAUCUUUCCGACGUUUUCACUGCUUGGACCAAAGCCGACGACGUGUUUCAAUCUGGGUUUGCACAGCUUCUCCUCGAUGGAACAAAUAACUCGGAGACCUCGACAGCUAAAGCUAUCCAUAAUAUUAGCGAGACACCCUCUACAGUGGUCAGCUUCACAUCAAGUGUCAAUGUGCCGAAGGGACCGUACUUUCUGCGCAAAGCCACAGGAGACCUACAUCAAGCGUACCGGCUGUAUGAUGAUACCGCCGGUGCGUUCACCGAGGCCUUACUAGGCAACGACGAUGGCACUUUUCAAGUCUUGCCAGCCAAGAUUGCCGGUUCAGCUACGUUCACGAUUGGCGUACCUUCGCGCUUGUAUUACGAGCCUUCAGACUCCAAGCCGUUGGCUGGUGUCCGCAUUGCCGUGAAAGACAUUUUCUCGCUGGCCGGAGUCAAACAGUCGAACGGGAACCGUGCAUGGUACCAUUUAUACCCGGCCAACAACGUCACUGGAACGGCCAUCUCAAGGCUUAUCGACGCCGGCGCUAUCAUUGUGGGCACACAGAAGCUGUCCCAGUUUGCGACGAGCGAGGUUGCUACCGUCGACUGGGUUGACUACCAUUCUCCCUUCAACCCCAGGGGAGAUGGUUAUCAAGACCCGUCCUCUUCGAGCUCCGGCGCAGGUGCUUCUGUUGGUUCCUACAGCUGGCUUGAUGCCGCUGUCGGAACCGACACGGGUGGCAGCAUCCGCAGUCCUGCAGGAGUGAAUGGCGUCUUUGGGAAUAGAGCAUCGCACGGUGCUGUGAGCUCCGAUCAUAUCAUGCCGCUAUCAGAGCCUCUGGAUACUGUCGGCUUCCUUGUUCGAGACCCAAAGCUGUGGGACAAACUCCAGGCUGUAACAUAUGGCUCCAACUACACUUCUCUGGCAACGUUGCAGCCAAAGUAUCCGACCAAGAUCAUGACUGUGUCAUACCCGAACUCCAGCACCGAAGCAGGCGUGCUUCUGAACAACUUCGCAACCGCUCUGGCCAAGUUCGUGGGUGGUAACGUGAGCACCCUGAAUGUGGCCCAGAGUUGGGGCAUACGCGAAACAAACCCUAACGCCGAUCUUAACUUCACCGAGACUUUCAACAUUACCUACCCAGUGCUCACUGGGAAGGGCCAGGACGAUGCGGUGGUCCAGCCGUUCUACGCAGACUAUGCGAAGCAAUUCGACGGACGUCGGCCUUUUGUCAACCCUUCCCCGUUGGCACGAUGGGCCUGGGCUGCCAACUACUCUUGGGAUGAGGCCAUGCAGAACAAGACAAUGUUCAUGGACUGGUUCAAUGAUCAGAUCCUACCUCCAGUCAAUGACAGCCUGCAAUGCUCAUCCGGCCUCAUUUUGUAUGCUGGGAAGACAGGAACGCAGUCUCCGAGGAAUCGAUACGACAUAGCCCUCCCAGCGCCCUUUACUGGCUUCUCGGCCGCCCGAAUGUCUGUUUUUUCGGGAUGCCCAGACUUGAUCUAUCCAGUGGGCGAGGUUUCUAGCUUCAGCGCCCUAACCAACCACGAUGAGAAGCUGCCGGUGGCUGUGGGAAUAUUGGCAGCGAAGGGCUGUGAUGGACUUUUGAGCCGGCUGGCAAUCGAUCUGGUGAAUGAAGGUAUCUUGAAAGUGCCGGAAGCUGGCGGUACUCUUAGUGGUGGUCCAAUUCUUGUGUAG